ACUGGCUGGGAAGUGGAAAAUGAAAAAAAAAAACGUGAAAUACGUAAUGCAAAGUAUGCUAAUGCAAAUGUAAGCAGACCCUUAGUCUUUUAAAUGCAUUCGGGCAAAAGUCAGUCGCUGUUAAGUCGAAUCUCAUCAAACUGGAACAUUCGCAGAGGGCAGUCGCUGCGAUUGAGCGUCGUGCUUUCGCUCUUGCACGAGACAACCAUCUUCCCACAUCCAGAUGUUGGUCCAAUGAGAAGUCGCCCUGACUCCUGCGAAGGAAGGAGGCGGAGGAAGGAAUGCUGCAGGAUGCUCCCCAUCAUGGCUGUCAAACCCGGCGGAGAUUAGGCGAGGCGUCCGUUUUCGCGUAAGAUUCGCCCCGAGGAUGCGUACCAUGUCCGCCGCGGGCGCGGCGGUGUGGCUCGGCACCGUUUACAUUGUGCACGCCUAUGACGCCAGCGUUUUGCAUGAGAGCAAUGUCAACGCGAAGCACACCGUACGCAUGCAGCCGAGAACAUCCUUGUACGGAGAUGUGGUCACCAUCUUGUCGAGAUCACACGGAGACCGCAACGUCUACCCGUCAGCUGGAGUGUUGUUCGUCCACGUUCUGGAAAGAGAGUACUUCAAGGGAGAGUUUCCCCCCUACCCCAAAACAGGCGAUGCCAGCAAUGACCCGAUCACAUUCAACACCAACCUCAUGGGCUACCCUGACAGGCCCGGCUGGCUGCGCUACAUCCAGAGGACCCCGCACAGUGACGGCGUGCUCUACGGGUCCCCCACUGCCGAGCACGUUGGCAGGCCCACUGUCAUAGAGAUUACCGCCUAUAACAGACGCACUUUUGAGACAGCGCGGCACAACCUGAUCAUAAACAUCAUGGCCACAGAAGAGUUCCCUCUGCCCUACCAGGCCGAGUUCUACAUCAAGAACAUGAACGUGGAGGAGAUGCUGGCCAGUGAGGUGCUGGGGGACUUCCUGGGAGCGGUCAAGAACGUGUGGCAGCCGGAGCGCCUCAACGCCAUCAACAUCACCUCAGCGUUGGACCGCGGUGGACGUGUGCCUCUGCCCAUCAAUAAUCUCAAAGAGGGAGUCUACGUGAUGGUGGGCGCCGAUGUCCCGUUCUCAUCGUGCCUGCGGGAGGUGGAAACCCCACACAACCAGCUGAGGUGCAGUCAGGAGAUGGAGCCUGCCAUCAGCUGCGACAAGAAGUUCAGAGCUCAGUUUCACAUCGAUUGGUGCAAGAUUUCUCUGGUUGACAUCAAUAAGGUGGUUCCUGUAUACAUUACCCGUCCCGACCCAGGCACAGGGAUCCUGCCUGAAUUUGGAGAAUACAACCCACCCUCCGAAUUUCUGAAGAGCCGUGACUACUUCUUCGACUUCCUUGUCACGCUGGCCGUGCCCUCCGCUGUUGCCCUUGUCCUCUUCUUCAUCCUCGGCUACACUAUGUGCUGCAGACGGGAAGGGGUGGAAAAAAGAAACAUGCAAACACCAGACAUUCAGCUGGUUCACCACAGCUCCAUCCAGAAGUCCACUAAGGAGCUGCGCGGCAUGUCCAAGAACCGGGAAAUCUCCUGGCCCCUCUCCACUCUGCCCGUCUUCAACCCGGUCAGCGGCGAGGUGGUGCCGCCCAUCCACCCCGACAGCUACGAGACCACCAGCAUGCCGCUCAUGCAGACGCAGACGAACCUGCAGAACCAGAUUACCAUACCACAGCAGCGGCCAUCAGGAGAGAAUUAUGUCAUGUCAACUUUUCGAAGGCUGGAGGUAAAUGGUAUUCCUGAGGAGAGAAAGGUGGCCGAAGCGCUAAACUUGUGACCGGAGACAACAGUUGGAGACGACUUUGUUUCGAUAGCUGUGCGUUUUCUCUAACGCUUGUGCCAAUCUGCAUGCAUCAGAGGUGUCUUUACAGAGUUUUAUCGUCCAGACUGGUGCACUUACACCGUGUGAAGAACAUAAGAGCUUAGCUAAUGAUAAAGAUAUUAGCGUAUUUUGGAAUAGAUGUCUAAAUAUUCAAACGUGAUGCGUGUUUUUAUACUUGCUUCGCACAAUGGACCUCUUAGAGGAAAAGGGAGUUUUACAUGGUAACAUUGUCAUGUGUAUGAACUGUGUCACAUGAUAACAAUAAAGUCUUUUGAAAUACUUUUUGACAAUUCAAA